AUGGGCGCUGCUGCCUGCUCUACUCAAAAAGCUGUUGCUAUUACAGCGACCUCCAACGGAGGGAUAAGAAACUACACGUCACCAUCGAAGUGUGAGGAAACAAGUUUUGCUUUGAAACUGAUACGUAAUCAGCAGAAAUUAACACAACUGCAGAAAAACAAACAAGAAACUGACUUUUCUGGUGGCUAUGUGGUCUGUAUGAGAGACCACGACCCUCCACUGUUCACUGGUGUUGGCCGUGUGUCAGAUGACCAGUGUAAGUGCCCCACAGAAUAUUGUUUUAAUGCAGAAAACCUUCGUUACACCUGUGAGGAAACCCAAAAUGCUUACAUUCAGAGUCAACAGCUUGAAAACUGUUCAUGCCAGUUGGGGAAGAGAACACACUAUACUCUCACAGCCGCAAACACCAAAGCAGCAACGGUUAACUAUGGUUGUAGCCUCUGCCAGUUUCUGUUAAGUGGCAAACACGAGCACUGGAGUGAACUGCAACAAGAUACUUUCAUGGUUUACACGGAAAAGUUGCUCUCCCUAAACGAUAGCAGCAAAAAACAAAACCAAAACCAAGCAGCUCAAGACGAUUGCUGUCUUAAUAAACAGGACUUUUCUCAGACUACAUUUUCAAAAACUCCAUCUUGUAAGAAGGCAGUUUCAAGGUUAAGAGAACUUUCUGGCCAUCUCGAUCAUGGAUACAUCCCUAUUUCUAUCCUUCAGAAGACACUGCAAUAUGCUACUCGUGUACUUGAGGCAGUAUCUGUACAAGAAUUCAGAUUACUGACGGAAGAAGAAGAUCUUUCUUCGGUUCAAUCGGACACUGUCCCUCAUGAGGUCAGGGAUUGGCUAGCCACUACUUUCACUCGACCGACAAUAGCACAUUUUGAAGACAAACCCCGAUUUCGGUCGGUAGCCAAUGCCAUCAGAGCAGGGAUAAUGGUAGACAGGAUAUUCAGAAGGUUUUCUAGUUCCUCCAUUAUUCAGCCAAUUCCAUCCUCGGUUGUGGAGUUAUUAAAGGAUAUAGACGAAUGGUCUUUUAACGUGUUUACUGUCAGCGAAGUGGCUAACGGACAAGUUCUGCGUUACGUUAGCCUUGACAUACUCAACCGCUAUGGAAUUAUUAAUAAAUUCAAGGUUCCAACUUCAGUGUUGGGGAACUUCCUGGUCCACAUUGAACUUGGAUACAAUAUACAUAAAAAUCCGUAUCACAACAACGUGCAUGCUGCUGACGUCACUCAGACUAUGCACUACAUGCUGUGGAAGGCGGGGCUUGUGAACUGGCUCACAGACCUCGAGGUGUUUGCUUCUUUGUUCGCAGCUAUAAUUCACGAUUUCGAACAUACCGGAACUACUAACAACUUCCAUAUUAUGUCGGGCUCGGAUAUGGCCCUUCUCUAUAAUGACCGGUCAGUGUUGGAAAACCAUCACUUGAGUGCAGCAUUCAAUCUACUCAAAAAAGAAGAUUGUAAUAUCCUUCAGAACUGCAGCAAAGAAGAGUUCAGUAUUGACAAGCCAAAGGCCCUUUCGCUAAUUCUUCACUGUUGUGAUAUUAGUCAUCCAUGCAAAGCUUGGGAAUUGCACUAUCCUUGGACAGAAGUUCUUGUUCAAGAGUUCUUUCUACAGGGAGACAGAGAACAGGAUAUGGGAUUAUCCUUCUCACCAUUAUGUGAUAGGAAUACUACAAUCGUAGCUGAAUCUCAAAUAGGAUUUAUUGAUUUUAUUGUGGCACCAAGUAUGCAAGUGUGUGGAGAUUUGCUGCAGAAAAUUCAGCUUCAGCUCUUCAAGACUUCAGAUGUGAUAAAAUAUAUAGAUCAAGUAAACUGUAUAAAUAAAG